AGCAGCCGCAGUGCUGCUACUUCUGCUGCCAGUCGCCGGAGUCGCAGUACGCGGACGGCCACCCAACAACGAACGGGACAAUCCUUGGCAGCACGGGGGAGUAGUAGUCGCAAUAAUAAUAAGAACAAACGUACUCCCAUUGCUACCGACACCGUAACACGAAAAUGGACCCAAGUCCAACGACCUCCGGCCAUGGGAGUCGGAUUUACCAUUCCAACAUGGGUUCCCAUCGAGGCGUUGACGCCGGCAGAAGCACUCGACUACAAUCGAAAACAAGAAGAGAAAGUGGCACGACAACAAAAAGAAAAGGAAUUACUAGUGGCCGCCAUGGCCGCCGCAGCAGCCCAACAAGCAGUCGAGGCGGUCAAGGCCGAGGCUGCCAAGAGAAAGGAGACGGUGGGUGCUGUUGGUGAUGAAAACAAUUUACAAUCAUCCGAGGCAGAAGCAAAGGGAGAUGUUGUCAUGGCACAACAAGAUGAGGAAGGGGACAAGGAGGAAACCAAGGACACUAUUAUGGAAAAUACAGACAAGGAAGCAUUGACAGAAUUGAUGCAAGGGGAAAUGGAGGCAUCAAGAGACACAGAUACACAAGAUGCUGAAGAAAAAGAAUCCGAGGAACCACCCAAAAAGAAGGCCAGAUUUGAGGAGCCACCCAAAAGCACAGAAAUUGAAGCCAACAAUGAUACAGAAACUGCCAACAACACAGAAGCUGCCAACGUGGACAACGAUAUAUCGAUGGAACCAAAGGAGGAGGAAAAUGACACAACAAAAGACACAGUAACAGCAGAAGCCACACAGGAAGAAGAAUCGGAGGAACCACCCACUAAACGUGCUAGAUUUGAGGAACCUGCCACAACAACCACCGACACAGAAGCCAACAACAAUACAGAAACAGACAACAUGGAGGAUACGAAUACUGGUCAAGGAGAGGAUCCAAUAGUACCAAAAGAACCUAGUAGCGAUGCUCAGGACAACAACAACAACAACGGAAACGACAACAAUGAGAAAGACAAAAUGGAGGUAGAAGGGUCUACGAAUUCCGACCAAGGAAUUGAUCCAAAAGCAACAGCAGCAAAAGAAGACCUAGAAAAAGAAGAAGAGGAUUCCAGCGCAAAAGAACAUAGUAGCGGAGCUCAGGACAACAGUAAAGAAGACAAAAUGGAAGAAAAGGACAGAGACCAGGAAGCAGAACCUGGGAAUACAGACCAAGACAACAACAACAACAAUGACAACAGUAAAGAAGACAACACUGAAAAAGAGGAGAAAGACGAACAAGAAGAGCCUGAGGACACUGAUCAAUUUGAUGACGCUGAAGCGACGGAGCAGGAUGUGGUGACCGAAGAAAAUCAGCAACAAGAUGAACAAGAAAAGUCAACAACAGCAGACGACAAGCCCAGUGAAGAAGAAACCGGGGUUGCUCAGGACGAUGAUGACAACGACAAAGAAGGAGAAGGCGAUCAAACAACCACAGCAAUAGAAGUAGAGGAUCCCAGUAAAGAUAGUGCUCAGGACGACAAUGGCGGUGACGACAAGAAAGAAGUUACAGACCAACAACCUGCAGCGGGGGAAGAAAAUGCAGCAGAGGAUGCCAGUGAAGAACAACCUAGUGUUGGUCAAGGCAAUGACGACGACAAUGACAACAAGGUAAAAGUUACAGACCAACAACCUGCAGCGGGGGAAGCAAAUGAAGCAGAGGAUGCCAGUGAAGAACAACCUAGUGUUGGUCAAGGCAAUGACGACGACAAUGACAACGAACAAUCAGAAGAAAACGAAGCAGAGGAGGUCAGCGAAGGACAACCUAGUGGCGGUCAAGGCAAUGACGACGACAAUGACAACAAGGAAGAUCCUGGGGAACAAGCAGUGGGCGAAGACGAAGACGUAGACGUAGAAGAAACUACAAUAUAA